CUUUAACCGACUCUAACGUUCAAUGAACGCAUCACCGUCUACGCUUCUUUCGAACUCGAGUCCGCUUGCGAGUACCUCCUACAAUUGAAUUGUCUCGACGAUAUUGGCAUCGUCGUCGUCCGUCGUCUCCGACUGGUCGAGAGUUCAAAUCGAUCUCCAGGAUCACUGGACGGAUUAAAGGGAAUUUUGAUCGCAUCUCGACACGAUGAUCGCGCAGAGAGUUGGUGUUCGGGCACUGCGGCAAGCCGCCGCCAAGCCCAAUGCGCUCUUCCUCUCCCAGAACCUCCCGCGACUUGCUCUGGGUAUGAAUACCGCAACCUCGCAGACUAGAGGCGCAUCAACGCAAAAGCUCACCGAAACCGACGCCCAAUCCCUCCUCGCCUCGCAACGCAAGCAACGCCCCGUCUCGCCGCACCUGACGGCGUACGACUACAGCCAGACGUGGUUCGGCGCCUCGAUCUGGACGCGAAUUACAGGGCAAGCGCUGUCGACCUCGCUGUACGCCUUCUCGAUCGCGUACCUCGUAGCGCCUCUGACGGGCUGGCACAUCGAGUCCGCGACGCUCGCCGAGGCCGCCGCCACCCUACCGCCCGUCCUGAAGACCGGGUUAAAGGCCGCCAUCGCCUGGCCCUUCUUCUUCCACUUCAGCAACGGCAUCCGCCAUCUCGUCUGGGACACUGCGAGGGGGUUCCAGAAGCCCGUCAUCAAUCAGACUAGUUAUCUCGUUUUGGGGACCAGCGUUGCCGCGACUCUUGGCGCCGUAUUCCUGCUGUGAUUUGGUUAGGAGGAGAGGAAGAGAGGGGGACAGGGCCUUGGAAGUAUGAUAGGAUGGGCAGAUGAGUGGAUUAGCUCUAGUACAGGGCCUAGUUUACCUCCGAAUCAUGGGAAUUAGGUUCUCCUUGUAGAUUACGAAAGAAGCAGUAAAUGAAUCAAUUUACAAUCAAAUUUGGUUAAGACACAUGCACAAA